AUGAAGACGACUAGGAGGAAAGUCAUCAAAGAAAAUGGAGAAGAACCUCGACUACAACGGAGCUUCCCCAUGGACGGAUCGACGUUCGCGCAGAUCGACCCGCUCCACUGGAUCCUUGACAUGAAUUCCCUUGUCAGCGAUGCCUACCGCGACGUUAGAAAACUCUGUGUGUUUCUCCUCCCGGUUGCGGCUUCCUCCUUCCCACUCGGCAAGGCCCUCACCAUCUACUUCCAACCCCUUGGUCAUCCCUUCCUCUUUUGCGGCGCCGUCCACCCUGCACGCCCAUCCGCUCUCCUCUCCCUCCCUUGGCCUGACCCUUCCGAAGAACCCCCCAUUCCUGACCCUAACCCUAAUCCCCUCCAACUCGCGCUCACCUCCGCCAAGAUCGGCAUCUCGGUCAAGGACCUCGCCUCCUUGCCACCUGUCGCUUACGCCGUUGCGGAGAAGAAGGUCAAGCGACUCGCUCUUAGGGUUGGCGAGAACCUCUUCAAUUCCAUGCAGUCCUUCUGCGGGAUUGACGGAAGCCGGCUCGUCAUGCCCAUGGAUAUCCUUGACCGGUGGUUCAAGAAGUUCCAGGAGCGAGCCCGGAAGGAUCCCAGUUACCUCAAAGAUUUCGCCUUGUGACAGACAGCACACAGUUUUAUGGAAGGUGGCUGGAAAACUAAUCAUGCCAAAACCAAAGGGCUCAACAUCUGAGAUUAAAAAAGCUUCGUCG